AUGCAGAGGCCUUCAUAUCCGCCUAUUUACCACACUCCUCAGUCCAACUCCCCAGCAUCUGUGGCGUCUCAACCGCAUGAUCAGCACGGGCGUAGCCUUUACACCCAGUCGCCACAGAUGCCUCAACCGAUGUAUGCCUAUCCGACUUAUAAUCCACCUCUGAACCCGGUUCAAUCAUCGCCCUAUACCCAUCCGCCUCCUCAGUCACACCAUCCUCUUACGUCGCAAUCCAUGAUGAUGCCUCCUCAAACUACGACCGCUCAAAUGUCUCCACAUCUACCCUCUCAUGCCCCAAACACCGCUUUAAGCAGCAGCCCAACAGUCAAAGUCGACCCCAGUAGUCAGACAAGUGGCCCACAGCGCUCAAUGCUCAACCCUGUUCCUGGGUCGGCCAGCUCAGGCGUGCCGGCCGGCAACAUCCAGCAAGGUUCCCCAAUGCCAGGCACAAGCUCCAGCGCUGCACCAGGGCCAAUCCCCGCAACAACUCCACUCGUCGUCCGACAAGACGGCAAUGGAGUUCAGUGGAUUGCAUUCGAAUACUCGCGAGACCGCGUGAAGAUGGAGUACACCAUCCGAUGUGACGUGGAGUCCGUCAACGUGGACACGCUGAGCCAAGAUUUCAAAACCGCGAACUGCGUCUACCCACGCGCCUGCUGCAGCAAGGACCAAUACAAAGGCAACCGCCUAGUCUAUGAGACGGAAUGCAACGCUGUCGGCUGGGCCCUCGCGGAGCUCAACCCUGCCCUGCGCGGAAAACGAGGCCUUAUCCAGCGAGCCGUCGAUAGCUGGCGUAACAGCAACCAGGACGUCAGGUUGCGCAGCCGGCGUGUGCGUCGGCAGGCCAAGGUCCAUCGCCGACAGUCUAUCUCUGCGCACACACCUCACAUGGCAACUUCGUCCGUUGGUUCCGUGGGCAAUGUUUUGCCCGGAGCGGGCUCGUUGUCGCGCUCGAGCAUGGGACCUAUGUCUAUGGCUCCGCCGCAGGUACACCAUCAUCAUCAGCCUGAGGGGAGCCCGAAAAUCGAGGAAGCCAGCGUCGAACCAACGCGCCUUCCACCUGCACCCCACGGAGCCACCGACAUCCGACCAGCACAAGCCUUCGACACCCAGCCUGUGCCUCCCGUAAGUGCCGGCCCAGGGCCCUCUAUGGCCCCCCUCCUGCGAGACAAUGGCCUGGGCCCGCUAAGCCGCCAAUCAACUAUCGCAACCUCCAGCGGCAUCAGCCAGCCUGAGGCAGACGACGAAACCGGUCCAACCAAUAACGACCUCUUCGGCGCCCUCCCCGAUGGCAAGCGCCGCACCUUCAUCCUCGUCGAGGACCCGCAGCGCGGUGCCCGCGUCCGCGUCAAGGUCGGCCUUGACAAGGUCAAGAUGGACGAGAUUCCAGACUCCUACCGCAAGAAUAACGCUGUCUAUCCGCGCACCUACUUCCCCAUCCAAAUGAAGGAUGCUUCUGUCCUCGUGGAUCCGAGCAAACGGUUCUUCGCUGAUGAGCAGGACCAGUCUGCGGAUCCAGAGGAUUCGGUCGUUGGGCGUACGUCAGUCCCGGCGCCUUCGCUAGAUGGCGAGCGCAAUGUCGAUGUGCCGCGGCUGUCGCGGAGGCGGCACCGGAAAGAGGUGCUGUUGAAUGACCUUGCCUACCGGCUGAGUUGGAGCCAAAGCCGGGUGUUUGCGGGCCGGAUGCUAUUUUUGCAGCGUUCUUUGGACGCCUACCGCAACAAAAUGCGUACUAGCAUGUUGGCCGCGGGCCAAGAUCCCUCUGAGAUGCCAGAGCAUUUCGACACUCGACGAGGGAAACGGCGCUUUUUGGAUCGAGCACGCCGCGACGUCCCGACUGCUGCGCAGCGGAGUGCUGAGGAGGUGGACGGGUAG